CCUUUUUUUUUCAGAUGUACAAGUCUGCGAAACAAAUACAGCUCCUGCCAGCAGCUGAACAACGGCCCAAAAGAGAACUUAAUUCUCCCUCUAGAGCAGAGUCCUGGCAACGGUACAAAGCCUGGAAAUGACGAUCUCAAUAUUCCAUUACUUCCUAAAGCUUAUUCAUCAACAUUUUGCGACUGUCCUUGAUUUGAGCGGACUAGUUUAAAGACACCGUUUCCCACAAAGCUUUUGUUUUUUUUCCCUCCUCUCAUUCUGUCUCCAAAGCAGGCACCGUCGAGUCAUGUCCAUCAUCCCCUCUUUUUAUCCCGGCCAAACCCGUGAAAAAAUCAGCGAGGAGGACGAGAAAACACAUCAAAGAAGUUGGCGGCGCAUCCACGGACAGCGAGGACCUCGGCGUAGCUGGAAUUAAAGAGACCUCCAAGAAGAAGCGACGCAAGGGUCAAACUAAUCAGAAAGAGAGCAAAGGGAAGACAGCUGGAAAUAACAGAGGGGAAGAGGGACAAGACAGCAAGGGCUCAGAAAGGUCAACGGUGGCAGAAAAAUCUGAAGAGCGAGCGCCGCCAGCCAGACAGGAGCAGAAGCGGGACAAAACAUCCACCGAUGUCACGGAGCAGCAGCCAUCGAACAAGGCAAGAAAAGCUGUCGAUUCAUUGCAGGAUGAGGAAGCACUGACUAAGCAGAACAGAGAGAAACAGAAGGACCCGGGAUCAAAUGGGAAAAACAGAGAUGGGGAAAGACUGAAGGACUUCUAUGAAGAAUGUGUGGAAAUGAGUGCAGCGUUGAAGCAGGGCCCAAACAAACACCACUGGUUCAAGGCAAACAGUGAGUAAAGAAACCAUGGCUCAGUCGGAAAGAACUGGAAUCCCCUGGAGUGCUGAUUUACAUAACACACUCUAGCAGAAAAAGGUUGAUUUUUGGAGGAAAGUGAUGCAUUGAGCGAUGUCUGCUUGAAGAAAGACGGAUGACGUGUGGCAGAAGGUUAUGCAGACAUUGUUCAAAGAGACGCACACGAACCGCAUAAAUCUCGGCAGAUCUGCUUUCUCUAUGGCACAAACAACCUGUUUUUUUAGGUUCUGUUAUUUACGCGCUCGCAUUAACAGCGGGUAUCAGCGUCACUGUGUGCACUUGGCUUCGGGAAAGACAGUUUAUUGCGCCUGAGUUGUUUAAUUGCCUUUCUGCAUGCCAAGUCCUGGAGAGGUGCCGGCUCCAGAAGAGGCUGUCGACGUGCCCCGAAGCUCGGCGCUCAGAUGUGGAGCUCAGUGCAGAAAGUGACACCGUCCAGCAGCCUGAUGGAGAGCCAGAGGAGGAGGAGGAGGACGUGGCUGGCAAAGAAGAGCCCGCUGAAGAACAAGACCUGCAGGCUCAGCUUGACGCAAUGAUGACGGUGCUGAGCAGGUCUGAUGAGGUGGAGCAGCUGGUUUUGAGGAACACGGACCUGACGGACGACCUGCUGCUGAGCCUGUCGGCGGCGCUGAAGAGCAGCCCGUCCGAGGUCACGCUGCUCAACCUGAACCUGAACCUCAUCGGGCCCUACGGCGCUCACAUCCUGCUCGACGUCCUCCGAGUGAAGCCUCAGGUCAAAGGCUUGCACUUGUUUGGAAAUAAACUGCGUGAUCAUGGAGUUCUCACUCUGCUGAACGGAAUCGCCGAGCUGCAGGAGCAAACGGCCAGAACUGCUGCUGCCAUCCAGCAGGCGAUGCUUUUCCCACCGGAGCAGUUACUGCACCUCCCCACCGGGUGGAGCUCUUUCAGGGUUUUUGCUCUCCUGGAGCUGGACAUCGGGGGAAACGGCCUGAGCAGCGAGGGGGUGAAGGUGUUAGCAUCAUACGUGAGAUCCCACUCGUAUCUGCGGUACUUAGGGCUGGCUCAGACCAGCGGGGCAGAUCUGGUGGCGUGGAAGGAACUCUUCGACGGCCUAAAAGGAAACGGCUCGCUGACUCACAUCAUCCUGGAUGAGAACAACCUGGGAGACCCCGGGGUGAGGCUGCUGGCCGACAUGCUGAGAGAGAACACGAGCGUGAGGCAGGUGGAUCUUGACAGGAACGGCAUCAGCGACGUGGGAGGAAAUGACAUCAUGGGCGCUCUGCUGUGCAGGACGCAGUUUCCACUGAGGCACCUGAGCCUUCAGGAGAACGACAUCAGCGGCGGGCUGAUGAGCAGGAUACAGGAGGAGGUGAAGCAUAAAUGAAUCCUGCAGGACACACAUGCAAACCACAAGGAAUUGGAACGUAAACAAAGCGCAACUCAAAAGAUUCUUUGUUUACAGUCUGAGGUUGGAGAGCAAAAAGCUGACUCAUUUGACUUGUUUGACCAUCAAACACGCUAAGAUCUCUUCCUUCCUAUGACUGGGUGGCCCCCGCUAGCAAAUGCUGCAUCUCAGUUUAGUCCAGGCAGGUAGUGUGGGAGGCAUGUUUGCUUUAGAGCAGCUCUGCGGUCUGGAUGCAUUUUCAAAGCGCUAUCAAUGAACUGAACCUUUCUUCUGUGUGGUGAGGUUACAUCUCCAACCUUGGUUUUUUUUUUCUCCUCUUCUUCUUCUUCCCACCAGCGUUACCCCUCAUGACUCCACACCUACUUUGCUAA